GAGAGUAUGAUUAAUGGCAGACAAGUGAGGCCAUUGCUUUAUGCUUUUUCUUUAUAGACUUUAUUGGAAAUACUAUGCAUCAUUUUCUCCCUAACAUUCAAUGAUUUGUUCUCUCUCUCCCUUCUAAUUUUCAGCUUUUCAUUUUUCAAAUUAAUAGUUUUUAGGAGAGUACACAAAAACAUAGAGGAACAAAGCAACUAUAUCAGAAUUUUCAUCAAGUGAUAAGGAGAGUACCCAAACUUAUAGAGGAACAAAGCAACUAUAUCAGAAUUUUCAUCAAGUGAUAAGAUACGAGAAUUUCGCUAGUGAAACUUGAAAGACACUUACAGUCAUGGAAAAACAAGGAGAAAUAGAGACAGAGAAAGCAAACAAUUUUGAGAAGAUAAAGCUUAUUCCAAUUGGACUGGAGGUCAUGCAAAUAUGUUAUACAAAUUUGAAAGCUUCAAUUUCAGCAGAAGUUGGAUGCUUCAUUAAGAAUCUUCUGGAAAUCUCUCCAGACAUUCUUAGAGAGUAUCUGAUUCAUCUACAAGAGCACAUGGUAAAUGCUAUUACCGCUAGGGGCUAGAAACAUUCAUGUCAUGAUAGAGUUCCUUUUAAUUAUUCUUACUGAUAUGCCCAAGGACCUUAUUCAUCAUGACAAAUUAUUUGAUCUUUUGGCACGUGUUCGAGCACUUAUCAAGGAGGAAUCAACUCUCGUUCUUGACUUGGAAGAAAAAUCAAGGAAUAAAGAGAGUACCGAUAAAACAAGUCGUGCAACUCUAGACUUGCUGAAAAAUAUUGAACUCCUCAAGGAAGAUCUCAGAUAUGUUUAUCUGAAAGCCCCGGACUCAUAUCAAUGUUGUUUCCCCAUGAAUGAUGGACCGCUCUUCAUGCAUCUUUUACUCAUCCACUUGAAUGGUUUGCUAGCGUCCAAUUCUUAUUCAAUUGCUUUGAUAAAGGAAGAAAUUACACUGGUGAAAGAAGCCCUUGAAUUCAUAAGAUCGUUCUUCGUGAAUGUUGAGCAAGAACUGUAUAAAAAUCUCUGGGCACGUGUUUUAGAUGUGGCAUAUGAGGCAAAAGAUGCCAUUGAUUCAAUUAUUGGUCGAGAUAAUGGUCUCUUACAUCUUAUUUUCUCACUUCCCAAAGAUCAGGCGUAUCAAAGAAGAUGUAUCCCAACUGCUGGAGAAGAUCCCCAAGAACAAGAGCCUCAUUGUUGUAAACAUUCCCAAGAAUCCAGUAGAAAGAAAGUCAAUGACAGCUGGUAAAAUAAUUUUAGGUUUUGAGGAGACAAACUGGUUAAUUACUAAGCUCACCAGUGGACCGAAAGAUCUUGAUGUCAUUUCAAUCACUGGGAUGCCGGGUUCAGGCAAAACUACUUUGGCGUACAAAGUACACAAUGAUGACUUAGUAUGUUGUCAUUUUGACCUUCGUGCAUGGUGCACAGUUGACCAAGAAUAUGACGAGAAGAAGUUGCUGGUGAAACUUUUCAAUCAAGUUAUUGGCUCGGAUUUUAAGUCCAGUGAGGAUAUUGAUGUUGCCGAUAAGCUGAGGAAACAAUUGUAUGGAAAGAGGCAUCUAAUUCUGUUAGAUGACGUGUGGGAUAUUAAUACAUGGGAUGAUCUAACAAGACCUUUCCCUGGAGCUGAGAAAGGAAGUAGAAUUAUUUUGACGACUCAAUAAAAGGAAGUGGCUUUUCAUGGAAAGGGCAACACUGAUCCUCUUAACCUUCAAUUGCUAAGACCAGAAGAAAGUUGGGAGUUAUUAGAGAAACGGUCAUUUGGAGAAGAGAGUUGCCCCGAUGAACUAUUGGCAGUUGGAAAAGAAAUAUCGCAAAAUUGUAAGGGACUUCCUCUGGUGGCUGAUCUGGUUGCUGGAGUCAUUGCAGGGAGGGAAAAGACAGGCUGUGUGGCUUGAAGUUCGAAAUAAUUUGAAUUCCUUUAUUUUGAACAGUGAAAAUGUGAUGAAGGUUAUACAAUUAAGUUAUGACCAUUUACCUCAUCAACUGAAGCCAUGUUUUCUCUACCUUGCAAGUUAUCAGAGAGACACAGAAAUCGACACACAUUGGUUGAAAAUGUAUUGGCGUUCUGAAGGGAUUGUUGAACAGACAGAGAUGAUGAGUUUGGAAGAAGUGAUAGAAAUUUAUUUGGAUAAAUUAAUUUCCAGUAGCUUGGUAAUUGCUUUCAAUGAGAUAGGUAAUUACCCGACUUGCCAACUACAUGAUCUUGUACAUGACUUUUGUUUGAUAAAAGCAAGAGAGGAAAAGUUGUUUGGAGAGAUAAGUUCAAGUGAUGCACCUUCCUCUUCAGAUUUGAUGCCACGAACUGUAAAAAUUGUGUAUAAUAAGGAGCAGUUUGAGCUUUACAAUUUCAUCCCGUUUGGUUCAAAAAUGAAAAGGCAUUCUUGUAAGAGCCUCUGUUCUUUGGAGAUAACCGGAGACGAGAUGGAAGAUCGUCUUUCUGAUUCAUGUCACCUAAGAGACUUGAGGCUUCUUAGAGUGUUGUCCCUGAAUCCCUCUUUUAUGAUGGUGAAAGAUUAUUUUCUGAAUAAAAUAUGCAUGUUGAAUCAUUUGAGGUUCUUAAGAAUUGGGACAAAAGUUAAAUCUCUGCCUUCAUCUUUCUCAAAUCUCUGGAAUUUAGAAACCCUCUUGGUUGAUAACGAGUUAUCAACCGUGGUACUAUUACCGAGAAUUUGGAUCUUGUAAAGUUGCGAGUGCUGUGCACUCAUUCUUGUUCUUUCUUUGAUUUGGACAUAGAUGAACCAAUACUGAUUGUAGAGGAUUUAAAGUUAGAGAACUUGAGAAUAUUACAGACCCUCGUGCUUUCCUAUUCGAAAGAAAUAGAGGAUAUUUUCAUAAGGUUCCCCAAUCUUCAAAGGCUUGUAUUUGAUAUCAAGGAAUCAUGGGAUUAUUCACCAGAGCUAUAUUGGUUUCCAAACUUGGAUUUCCUUCAUGAACUAGAAACCCUCGAAGUAGUGUUUGAAAGUUCAAUCACAAAUGACAAUGGGCCCUCUGCAGCGGCAAAUUGGUCAUGGGAUUUUCACUUGCCUUCCAAUUUGAAAAUAUUGUCGUGGUUGAACUUUCCUCUGACAUACGAUUCACUAUCAAUAAUAGCGAGACUUCCCAACCUUGAACACUUGUUCCUUACGAGAACAAUCAUCAAGGGGGGAGAAUGGAACAUGAGAGAGGAAGACACCUUGGAGAAUCUCAAAUUUUUGAUGUUGGAUAAUGUAACCCUUGCUAAGUGGGAGUUCGGAGAGGAAUCCUUUCCAGUGCUUGAGAAAUCACAACUGUGGGGAUGUCAUAUGCUUGAGGAGAUUCCGCCUAAUUUUGGGGAUAUUGGUUCAUUGAAAAUUAUUCAACUUGUAGAGAGCCCUCAACUUGAAGAUUCUGCUCUGGAGAUUAAGGAAUAUGUUGAGGAUAUUAUGGGACGGGAUCUUGAGGUCCUUGGCCCGAAUAAUAUCCCAUUAUUUAAGUAGCUUGAAGAAUUAUGUGGGGGAAUUCUUGAGCACCACCAUAACAGAACCCGUCCCUGAUUCCCCAAGCUCUUCCGACAUGCUCAGUUCACACCUCCUAGUUGGCGUGCCGCUGCUAUGCCUAGCACUGGGAGUUUUCUGCUACCGAAUGCCAGCGACUUCAAAUGUAAUAAUGUUACCGAGGAAGUCCAAUGCAAUAAGAAGUGGGAUACUCGUAGUGCAAAGAGUUUGAAUUGUGAUGUAAUGUGGUGAAUUUACUCCACCAAGAAUCAGCCACCGAUAAGCAUUUGGAGGUGCGAGACUGCUGUUUCUAAUGAUCAAGAUGUUGAUUCAACAUUUGGCCUCAUGUGCAACAAUUGCACUAGGUAAAUGGCUAGUACCUCCUUCAUCGGUAUAUUGCAAGUUGAAUAUCUCCGACAGGCGCAACAUGGCCAUCGGCAUCCUCCACUGAUGAGCACGCGUCUCCUGUUCCUUUGUCAAGAAUACUCAAGGUGGCACCUUUAAGUCCAUUAAAUAUAGGAUUGAUGAGCUUGACGAAGAGAAGUCUGUUAUCUAGCUGCUACUCAAUUAGAAAUGAAGCAACUUUUACUCAGAUACACAUCAUGGAAACUAUCACAUUAGCGAGAUUGCAUCACAAUGUCUAAUGCAGCAAGGUUCGGAUGGAGAUGAAGAAUCUAUUGCUCGGAGUUAUUCAAAUGUGGUUUAGAGCAGCGUGGAUAUAUCGCCCUAGCAUCUGCUUAAAUCAUCCAAGAGGAAUCUGAUAUCCGUUUUAUGUCGAAUAAUACGUGGAGGAAUUCUCGAUAUACCAGUAAAAGCAAUUACGUGCAUGAAUGAACUUUGGAAAGGAUAAUUUUCGUUUUGAAUUUUGAACAUUAAUGUUGUACACUGAAGUGCAUGAAUAAAUUUUUGAAGGGAAUAACACAUAUAAGUGACUUUUCUAA